AUGGGACUAUUUGAUAUAAUAGAAGAAAUAAUAGAUGAUGAUUUGCUUUUUAUUUUAAAGUAUGGAUUAAUAAUUUCAAACUUCAUCACAAUUUUUAUUUUGCUAUAUUUUAAAUCCAAAAAAUAGCAAAAUGAGAAAGAUGUAAUAAUUAAUAUGUUAGAAAAAGGAAAAUACAUCUGUUUUGUUAGUCACUGCUCAUCCUGAUGAUGAAGCAAUGUUUUUUUUACCUACUAUUACUUAUUUGAAUGACAAUAAUUAUUAAAUUCAUUUAAUAUGUUUAUCAAAUGGAAAUGCUAAUAAGAUAGGAAAAAUUAGAGAAUCAGAACUAGAAAAGUGUUGUAAUUACUUGAAGAUAAAAAAAGUAUGUUCUUAAUUUAUAUUAUUUAGUUAACCAUCAUAAAUGAUGAACAUUUAUAAGAUUCAAUGACUGCUACGUGGCCCAUAGAAAAAAUUUAAAAUGUUGUUUAAAAGUAAUAUGAAUUAUUUAAUAUAGUUAUAUAGAAGAGAAUAAUAUAAAGGGAAUAAUUACAUUUGAUUAACAUGGUGUUUCAGGUCACUUAAAUCAUAUUGCAUGUUAUAAGGCAAUAUCUACAAUGAAAAGAUCAGAAGAGUUAAAGGUAUUUUUGUUAGAGACCACUAAUAUAUUAAGAAAGUAUAGUUCAAUUUUAGAUUUCUUUGUCUCUUCUAUCCUUAAUGAUAAUCUAAUGGUGAAUCUAAAUAUCUUUAAGGCAUGGAGAUCUAUGCAAAUUCAUCAUUCAUAAUUUGUAUGGUAUAGAAAGCUGUUUGUUGUGUUUUCGAGAUAUGCUUAUAUAAAUACGUUGAUUAAAAUUUGA